AUGUCUAACUCGCAAGGCUUUCGACAACUCCAGGUCGCGAUUGUUGGUGGCGGUAUAGGUGGCCUCUCUGCAGGCAUUGCCUUGCGUCGCGCCGGUCACUUGGUCUCUAUCUUCGAACGCCGCGGCUUUGAUGUCGAGGUCGGCGCCUCUAUCUCUUGCGCUGCCAAUGGAUCUGUCCACUUGGAGGAGUGGGGGAUCGACAUCAAGGAGAUGAGCCCUGUUUCUUUGAUGAAAUUGACAAUGCGCGAAUGGGAAACGGGAGAGAUUCAGGGCGUCUACGACUUGAGCAACUAUGAGAAUGAAUGGGGUAGAGUUUACUAUAUGCUGCAUCGUCAAGACAUGCACAAGGUCCUUCUGAGGGUUGCUACUGCCGAAGAGGGUGCAGGCACCCCUUGCAAAAUCUUCAAUGAUUCUCAAUGCGAGUCAGUUGACUCUGAACGCAGAAUAGUCAGAUUCCAGAAUGGCAAGACUGUUCAGGCAGACUUGAUCAUUGGUGCAGAUGGAAUUCGAAGUGUUAUCAGGGAGCAGAUCGGCGUAAAGCCCGACAUCAAGUCAUCUCCGCAGACCUGCUACCGUUGCAACGUCCUCACUAAAGACAUCAAGAAGCUUGGCCUUGUAUCGCACUCGUACGAACCAGCCAUCCAAUUCUGGGGCGGCUCGGAAGGCAGGAAUGGGCGUUCAAAGUACUACAAGAUCGUCAUGGCUCCUUGCGCCAAUGGCGAAGUCGUUUCAUUCUAUUGCUUCAUGCCCACUGAAUUGACCAACCAUCGCGAGGAGGGAUUCACCUUCAAGGAGUGUCCUGUCUCCGACAUUCUUCAAGGCCGAUAUAGCGACCUUGACCCCGAAUGUCUGGCCCUGCUGAAGAACUCUCGCGAUCGCAUGCCAUGGAGACUCUACGUCCACCAGCCCUAUACUCACUGGUACACCAAGCAGACUUGUAUUCUCGGCGAUGCCGCGCACCCUAUGAUGCCCCAUCAGUCCCAGGGCGCUUGCAUGGCCAUCGAAGAUGCCGCCGCCCUUGGUAUCAUCUUUUCGUCCAAGUACCCAGAGUUCACCAGGGAUGUCGAGGCUGGUUUACGACUCUACCAGGCUAUUCGAAAACCGCGUGCUACCAUGGUUCAGGCAGCUAGUGCCAAGGCCACUGAAAAUGUCGCCGAGCGUAUUGGUUUCACCAGUAUCGACAUUGCAGACGAGAUGUUGAGACCCCAGGCCGGAGGAUUGACUGUCAAGGAAAUGAAUGAAUACAAGAUGCACGACCAUGUCGCGGCAGAGGUUGCGAAGCUCAGGAAGAAUAUGGAGUUCCCUCAGGAAAUGGCUCACCUGUAA